AUGGAUGGACAGAUGGACGGAUGGACAAAUGGACUCUACUUUCCAGAAAGAGGUGUUGAGCAUCUCCCUCUGCUACUUCUUUUGACAGAUGUGAACAGCAAGGAACUGCAAAGUGGAAACCAGACUUCUGUGUCUCACUUCAUUUUGGUGGGCCUGCACCACCCACCACAGCUGGGAGCGCCACUCUUCUUAGCUUUCCUUGUCAUCUAUCUCCUCACUGUUUCUGGAAAUGGGCUCAUCAUCCUCACUGUCUUAGUGGACAUCCGGCUCCACCAUCCCAUGUGCUGGUUCCUGUGUCACCUCUCCUUCUUGGACAUGACCAUUUCUUGUGCUAUUGUCCCCAAGAUGCUGGCUGGCUUUCUCUUGGGUAAUAGGAUUAUCUCCUUUGGGGGCUGUGUAAUCCAACUAUUUUCUUUCCAUUUCCUGGGCUGUACUGAGUGCUUCCUUUACACACUCAUGGCUUAUGACCGUUUCCUUGCCAUUUGUAAGCCCUUACACUAUGCUACCAUCAUGACCCGCAGAGUCUGUAACUCCCUGGCUUUAGGCACCUGGCUGGGAGGGACCAUCCAUUCACUUUUCCAAACAAGUUUUGUAUUCCGGCUGCCCUUCUGUGGCCCCAAUCGGGUCGACUACAUCUUCUGUGACAUUCCUGCCAUGCUGCGUCUAGCCUGCGCUGAUACGGCCAUCAACGAGCUGGUCACCUUUGCAGACAUUGGCUUCCUGGCCCUCACCUGCUUCAUGCUCAUCCUCACUUCCUAUGGCUAUAUUGUAGCUGCCAUCCUGCGAAUUCCGUCAGCAGAUGGGUGCCGCAAUGCCUUCUCCACAUGUGCUGCCCACCUCACUGUUGUCAUUGUUUACUACGUGCCCUGCACCUUCAUUUACCUGCGGCCUCAUUCACAGGAGCCCCUGGAUGGGGUGGUAGCUGUCUUUUACACUGUCAUUACUCCCUUGCUUAACCCCAUCAUCUAUACACUGCGUAACAAAGAAAUGAAGGCAGCAUUACAGAGGCUGGGGGGCCACAAGGAAGUGCAGCCUCACUGA